CCCACUAAAUAUUUACGAAAGCCUUUUACAAUAGUUAAUAAGAAUGUUGUGCAUUGAAAGCUACUAUAGAGUAUAUACAUAAGACAAUAUGAUUGUAUUACGAGGGAAGUGAACUACAAUGUUGUGAUGUUAAAGCCUGCGUCAUAAUUUGUAACACUUCUGACAUUCUCCAUAGAUAACUCCAAAAUGUCAUAGUGAAAAGCGAUGACAAUAGUGUAGUGUAGUGAGUGAGAGUGGAAGAAAAUGGCGCAAAAUGGCGACGCCGGUUUUGGCGCGCUAUUACAAGGCGCAGGAAGACAGAUGCUGAAUCAGGGUGGGCAAGCUCUAUUAAAUUAUGGUGCUCAAGCCCUGGGAAAUAUCAUCAAUGAGGUGUUCCAGAAAAAAGAAACAGAACAGAAGAGGUUUUUGCCGAGCAUAAAGAAUUAUAAAGUGCUAGGCGAGACCCGGCCCUCAUCGUUUGGUCCAGCGUCGUAUCAGGACUUCAAGGAGAUCAGGUCCCGAUGCCUGGCAGACGGCAGGCUGUUCGAGGAUCCGGAGUUCCCGGCGACGGACCGCAGCUUGUACUACAAGGAGAGAUUGGACCGGCCCCUCACUUGGCUGAGACCCUCGGAGAUAUGCGAAGACCCGGCGUUGUUCGUGGAGGGAUACAGCCGGUUCGACGUUCAGCAGGGCGAGCUCGGGGACUGCUGGCUUCUAGCAGCUGUGGCCAACCUCACGCUGCACAGGAAAUUGUUCUUCCAAGUGGUGCCGGAUGACCAGAGCUUCGAUGAGGAAUACGCAGGUGUCUUUCAUUUUAGGUUCUGGCAAUAUGGACGCUGGGUGGACGUAGUGAUAGACGACCGUCUCCCGACCUACAGAGGAAAGCUGGUGUUCCUGCACUCCUCCGAAAGGAACGAGUUCUGGAGUGCGCUACUGGAGAAGGCAUAUGCCAAGCUCCACGGAUCGUACGAGGCUCUGAAAGGAGGUUCAACUUGCGAGGCUAUGGAGGACUUCACUGGUGGUGUUACUGAGAUGUACGAAAUGAACGAGUUGCCGCCCAACUUCUACACCAUACUGCUGAAAGCCUACGAAAGGAACUCCCUCAUGGGGUGCAGCAUUGAGCCGGACCCCAAUGUCCUGGAGGCGGAGACCCCGGUGGGUCUGAUCCGAGGUCACGCAUACUCGGUGACGCGCGUCAAGUACGUGGACAUCGAGACGCCGGGCCGCGCCGGUAAGAUCCCGCUGCUGCGGCUGCGGAACCCCUGGGGCAACGAGGCCGAGUGGAACGGAGCCUGGAGUGACAAGUCUCCGGAGUGGCGGUACAUCCCUCAGUCGGAGAAAGAUGAGCUGGGUCUGACCUUCGACGACGAUGGAGAGUUCUGGAUGUCGUUCAAGGACUUCUGUCAGCACUUCGACAGAGUGGAGAUAUGCAACUUGAACCCCGACUCGCUGGACCCGGAGGAAUGUCCCGAGGGUUGCACCAAGAAGUGGGAGAUGUCCGUCUUCGAAGGGGAGUGGGUGCGAGGGGUAACGGCUGGCGGCUGUAGGAAUUACCUGGAGACAUUCUGGAAGAACCCGCAGUACACUGUGACGUUGAAGGACGUUGAUGAAGGUGACGACGAGAACAAGUGCACGAUAAUCGUAGCGCUGAUGCAGAAGAACCGUCGCUCCCAACGUCACCAGGGUCUGGAGUGUCUCACCAUCGGGUUCGCGGUGUACCGUCUGGCCGACUACGGCCACGUCCCGAAGCCACUUGACGUCAACUACUUCAAGUACAACGCCAGUGUGGGCAGGUCGCAGGCCUUUAUCAACUUGCGGGAGGUUAGCGCUAGGUUCAAAUUCGAGCCGGGCUCUUACGUCAUCGUGCCGUCGACCUUCGAGCCUGACGAGGAGGGAGAGUUUCUCUUGCGUGUAUUCUCUGAGAAGAGCAAUAAUAUGACAGAAAAUGAUGAGGAUGUCGGUAUGGGCGAUGUUGACGAAAGGGUGAAAGACAUUCUACCCCCGCAACCAGAGCCGGCAGAUCCGGUGCGGCAGUUCUUCGAGCGGCUGGCAGGUUCCGAUGGAGAGGUAGAUUGGCAAGAGCUGAAAGAGAUCCUAGAUUACGCCAUGAGGGAAGAAAUGGCAAUGCGUCACGGCGCCGCGUACGACGGCGGCGGGGGUGUCACUAGUAGCACGCCGCAGAGUGAACAGGGCUGUCUCGAGCAGCUUCUGUGUGCGCUCUGCACUCCCAUCUGCAAGGAGUUCGGCGUCGAUCUGCAGCAGAUAGCUGGCCAGAAUCAGGAACAGGUGCAUCUGACCCAACCCCAGCCGGCGCAAGAACUGAAAGGCGAGGGCUUCUCUAAAGAGGUGUGCCGCAGUAUGGUCGCCAUGUUGGACAAAGACAACUCGGGCGGGCUCGGCUUUGAUGAGUUCAAGUCACUGUGGGUCGACUUGAGGCAGUGGAGGGCUGUGUUCCGUCUGUACGACACGGAGGGCCGCGGAGCCAUUCCCUCGUACCACCUGCGAGACGCUCUGCACUCAGCGGGCUACACGGUCAACGCUCACGUUCUCAACGUACUGGCGCACAGAUACGGAUCAAGCGACGGCUCCAUACAAUUCGAUGACUUCAUCAUGUGCGCUGUCAGGUUGAAGACUAUGAUUGAGACCUUCGAAGGGAGAUCGUCGGGAGGCGACUACGCCACGUUCUCGCUUGACGAAUGGCUUAAUCGCACAGUCUACUCAUAGACAAACAUGCCUUAAUAAAUUAUUUAUAUUGUUAGUGUUACGUCCAUAAUAUGCUUGAGAUUUAAUUAGAUAAGAACUUCAUUAACUUACAAAAUUCACUUCUGGCAUUAAAUUAUGAAUUAACUUUUUGUGAUAGCUUCAAAUUUGAUCUGGGAACAUUUGUAUGGUUUCAAUAAGACGAACCUAGUUGAAUCUCAUUCAAAUUAAAAUUGGAUACCUAAUCUAAGUCACAAAACGUUAUUUAUAAUAGCUCGAAUUGAUAUAUUUACGGGUAACUAGAAUUUUCAUACAAACCAUAGACAAAGUAUUUUUGUAUCCACCGAUGUUUCAUUCCAAGUAUAAAAUCAGUUUAGUCUUUGGUUGCUGUGCGAUUGUCUUAAAGCAGAUUAUAUAUGUCAGUGUAUGUUACAAAUUAUAAAAGUUUUAUUGUAUUAUUAUAUAGCUUUGACGGUGCAUUUUUUCGCAGUUUUUUUUCUGAUAUUUAUUGUGUAAAGAUCUGAAUAAUAAAAUAUUUUUUCAAUCA